AUGCUCGCUGUGAAACUGAUUCGGAUUGAAGCCGUUGUAGCUGCCGUGCUAAUACUGCUCAUCUCUUCCUGCACAUACCUGAAACGCCGCCGCCGGCUUCGGGGGACAACUACUACCUUCAUCGGCCACAAUAUGGUCAAACCCCACGUCCAACCACCUCUGAGACCGCAGAGUUCGUAUACGCCUUCCCCCGCGAAUCAGGCGUCGUAUCCUUCCAAUAACAACAACUACUUUACAUAUCAACCGUCCGCUCCACCGUAUGGGCAGCAGCAGCAGAGCCCAUUUGGUACAUAUCAGCAGCAAGCGUAUCAUCCUUCCUACAACGCUGCUCCGCAGCCAACGUACCCUCCCCACACUGAACCGCCGAGGCAGUACGCUCCCCCGACAUCCCCCCCUCCCUCUGCUCAGAGGAGCUCAGUUUCGCAGGCAGAAGCUCCCACGUCCGACUCGAACAACACCAGAUGGUCGUCCUUCAACCCUUACAAUAACUUGGUCGAAGCUGAUGAACCCGUGGUCCCCAUGCCCAUGCCCAUCCCGUCGAUCCCCUCGUCUCACCAACCACCCAUUAAUCCGCCCGCUGCACAUACUCGUGCAAACCCGUCUGCACUAAGUUCUCCGUCGACUUCGGACCCGGUGUUUACGCCUGCUUCGAAUUUACGACCUUCAGCGUCCGUGUCGUCUGCGCGCAACGCAGCAACAAGCGUCUCUCCAGCGCAGAGCGCACUGAUGCCGCAAGUAACGGACGCCUAUUCCCUCCAUCCUACCAAGCAAGCUGUCGUGCUCUCUCCUUCGUUCCAAGAGGGCGCUUCUGGCUCGGGAGCCACUUCUCAACCCUCUCCACAGUCUUCCCUUCCAUCCGUUCACCAGCCGGCUAACGUGCCGCCACCUGCAUCUCCGCCACCAAGAGUUACAUCCCCCGUCAACGAAACUUUCGAUCCGCCGCCCAGAUACUCCGAAUUCAGCUAA